UAUUUCACCAUUCUUCUUCAAUAUCUUCAAUUCCAAAGAGAAAAAAUGGCUAUGAAGAUCCCCACCAUUGAUUUCAAUCAGCUCACUGGAGACAACAAGGCUAAUGCCCUCUCUGUCCUUCAUGAAGCUUGCCAAAAUUGGGGCUUUUUUUUAGUAGAGAACCAUGGGAUUGAAGAGAGGGUGUUGGAGAAGGUGAAAUUUUUGGUAAAUAAACAUUAUGACGAUAAUAUGAAAGAAGAGUUUUAUAAUUCAGAUGUGGCCAAAAAUUUAGGCAAAAUGGCAUUAACAAAUGUGGAUUGGGAAAGCACCUUCUUCAUUUGCCAUAAACCAACCUCAAACCUCUCACAUUUUACCAACAUCUCACAACAUCUUUGCAAAGCAAUGGAAGAAGAGUACAUUCCCGAAGUAAUAAAGAUAGCAGAGAAGCUUGCAGAGCUAAUGUCCGAAAAUUUGGGCCUACAGAAAGCCCACAUUAAGCAACUAUUCAACGGAACCAACGGCCCAUCCGUUGGAACAAAAGUUGCGAAAUACCCAGAAUGCCCUCGCCCGGAGCUGGUCAGAGGCCUCCGGGAGCACACCGAUGCCGGCGGAAUCAUCCUCCUCCUCCAAGACGAUCAAGUCCCUGGCCUGGAGUUCCAAAUUGACGGCGGAUGGUUCAAAAUCCCGCCGUCCAAAAACAACGCCAUUUUCGUCAACAUCGGCGACCAAAUCGAGGUGCUCAGCAAUGGCAAAUACAAGAGCAUUUUGCACCGCGUUUUGGCGGAGAAAGACGGCAGCAGGCUCUCCAUUGCUACGUUUUAUAAUCCGGCGACGGAUGCCUUGAUUUCUCCGGCGCCGGAGCUUCUUUACCCUGGCGGCUACCGGUUUGGGGAUUAUUUGAAGUUUUAUAACACUACGAAAUUUGGGGAUAAAGAGAGGAGGUUUUCAGACUUUAUGAAGAAAAUGUGACUGGUGUGAGUGUCACGUGCGGGUUUGUUCUUUUAAUUUUUAUUUUUCAAAUAAAUAAUGUUGAAUUGAAACCUUGAAGCGAGAAGGAUGAAGAGAGACCAGGGAGAUAUUGUAUCAACAAAAUAAAGAUUAAAUUAUAAAAAAUAUCUUUGAACUU